GAGAUACGGCAGGAGGGUUCUGUAAAGUCUGGAGUUAUCAUCACCUCUGUUUUAUGCUUGCUGGGUAAAAAGGCUGGGCUUUUUUUCACAAGGAGUCUGCAUGUCUAACAUUUAGACAUGCUCAGCUUUGUGGAUACACGGAUUUUGUUGCUGCUUGCAGUAACGACGUUCGUUGCAAGAGGCCAAUAUGAAGACGAAUAUGUAUACGAAAACAACGCCUAUCAAGAUGAAUUAACAGGACCACAAGGACCCCCUGGAGAUCGAGGCCCAUCUGGAGACAGGGGACCCCAAGGACCAGACGGCAAAGAUGGACUACCAGGCACUCCAGGCCUUCCCGGGCCACCAGGCCCACCUGGCCCUAGUUUUGCUGCUCAGUACAUUAAACGGGACGAGAUGACACCAGGAAUUGUGGGACCACCAGGACCUAACGGCCCACAAGGAGCCCCUGGUGCUCCUGGCUCUCCUGGAUCCCCAGGAAUUCCAGGCAUUUCGGGAGAAUCUGGUGCAACUGGUCCAGUGGGUCCUCGUGGUCCUCAAGGUGUACCUGGAAAACCUGGUGAAGAUGGUUCAAAUGGCAAACCUGGAAAAUCUGGUGAACGUGGUAUUGUUGGAGCUCAGGGUACUCGUGGUUUCCCAGGAACUCCUGGUCUCCCUGGCAAGAAAGGACACCGAGGUUUCAAUGGUUUGGAUGGAAUUAAGGGAGAGCCAGGUGCAACUGGUGAGAAGGGUGAAACUGGUAACCCAGGAGCAAAUGGAAGCCCUGGAAUCAUGGGUCUUCGUGGUUCAAUGGGAGAGAGAGGCUCUGUUGGACCUGCUGGCUCAGUUGGUGCCCGUGGUAGUGAUGGUAUGCCUGGACCUGCUGGCCCUCCUGGACCCAUAGGUGCUAAUGGUCCCCCAGGAUUCCCAGGCAGCCCUGGACUCAAGGGUGAGAUUGGACCAGCUGGAGCUCGUGGUCCAACUGGUGCUCAAGGUGUUAGAGGUGAGCCAGGUCCUGUAGGUGCAGUUGGACCAGUGGGUCUUCCCGGUAACGCAGGUGCAAAUGGUCUAACUGGAGCAAAGGGUGAAAUGGGAACUCCAGGUGUUGCUGGUGCUCCUGGUUUCCCAGGUCCACGUGGUCUCGCUGGCCCACCUGGAGCAAGUGGUCCUGCAGGUCCAAGGGGAAUCCCUGGUGAUGCAGGUGUUCAAGGCAUCAAGGGUGAGACUGGGAACAAAGGCGAGCCUGGUGAAAGUGGCCCAGCAGGUGCUGGUGGUUCAUCUGGUGAAGAAGGCAAGAAAGGUCCUCGUGGUGAAACUGGUUCUCAGGGACUUCCUGGACCUUCUGGUGAUAGGGGUGCCCCUGGUAACCGUGGUAUCCCAGGCCGUGACGGAUCAGUUGGAGGCUUGGGUCUGCCAGGCGCACGUGGUGAAGCUGGUGCUGCUGGUCCCAAAGGGCCUCCUGGUGAUACAGGACGUCCUGGUGAAAGUGGUAUACCUGGUGCACGGGGUCAUAGUGGACAACCUGGUAGAAGUGGUGUUACGGGAAAUCAAGGUCUUUCAGGUCCAGCUGGUGAGGAAGGUCGUACUGGUCCCCCUGGUGCUACUGGCCCAAGAGGUCAGGCUGGUAUGAUGGGCUUCCCUGGUCCAAAGGGUGCUGCAGGUCUACCUGGCAAGCCUGGUGAGAGAGGAAGUGUCGGUCCUGCUGGUCCACGUGGUGCACCUGGCAAAGAUGGUGAAAUUGGAGCACAGGGUGCGCCUGGUGUUGCAGGCCCUACAGGUGCAAAAGGUGAAACAGGUCCAGCUGGCAGUGUUGGUUUCCAGGGGAUGCCCGGACCUUCUGGUGCUGUUGGAGAGCCAGGCAAACCAGGUAAUCAGGGUCUCCGAGGUGAUCAUGGCAGUCCUGGUAUUUCUGGUACAAGAGGUGAACGAGGUCCUCCAGGUGAACGAGGUGCUGCAGGUGCUCAAGGCCUUCCUGGUGCUCGUGGUAGCAGUGGUGCUCCUGGCACUGAUGGUGGAAAGGGUGACGUUGGUGCUACUGGUCUACCUGGUCAUGUCGGUGCCCCAGGUGCUCAGGGUUCACCAGGUGAAAGGGGUGGUGCUGGCACUCCUGGCAUCAAAGGUGAAAAGGGCGAUGUAGGUCCAGCAGGUCCUCAAGGAAGUCCAGGUCCAGACGGAGCACGGGGUCUUCCAGGUCCUGGUGGUCCUCCUGGCCCCAGUGGUCCUCCUGGUGAUAGGGGUGACUCUGGUGCUGCUGGUCACCCUGGUCCAGCUGGUGCUCGUGGUCUUACAGGUGAACGUGGUGAAGCUGGUCGUACUGGUCCCCCUGGAUUUGCUGGUCCAGCUGGUGCAGAUGGACACGCUGGAGCUAAAGGUGAGAAAGGUGUGACUGGCUCCAAAGGAGAGGUCGGUCCUUCUGGUCCUGUUGGUCUACCUGGUGCCGCUGGUCCUGCAGGUCCUGCUGGAGCUGCUGGUCUACAAGGACCUGUUGGUUCAAUUGGACCAUCAGGUUUUACAGGUUUCCCAGGCCCAGCUGGGAGAGCAGGUGCUCCUGGUCCAUCAGGUCCACAAGGUCCCCAAGGUCCAGCUGGUCCAAUUGGUAAUCCUGGCCCACAAGGUCCAAGAGGUGAUACAGGUUCACAAGGUCGUUCGGGUUCAUCAGGUCCUGCUGGGCUACAAGGUACUCCUGGAGAGAGGGGUCCCUCUGGUGAAUCAGGUCCUGCUGGUCCUCCAGGUACUAGUGGUCCUCAAGGCUUCCUUGGUUCAGCAGGUGCACUCGGUCUUCCAGGUGCUAAAGGUGAAACUGGUCUCCCAGGUGUCUCAGGUCCUCCUGGUCCACCUGGUUCAACUGGUCCUGCAGGGGGCCAGGGACAACGUGGUCCUGCCGGUGCAGUUGGUCCUAGUGGUCUGACUGGUCAACAUGGUGAAAAUGGCCGUGAUGGAAAUCCAGGCAGUGAUGGUCCUCCUGGACGUGCUGGUCUUCCUGGAUCUAAGGGUGAACGUGGUGACCCUGGUAGGAUUGGCCCUGCUGGUGCUGUUGGUCAACCUGGUGCUCAUGGUCCUGCUGGUCCUGUUGGCAAAUAUGGCAAUCGUGGUGAGGCUGGCACUGCAGGUUCAACUGGUCCUGUUGGUCAAAUGGGUCCAAGAGGUCUUGCUGGCCCACAAGGUCCACGUGGAGAAAAGGGUGAAACUGGCUUCGCUGGUGUCAGAGGCCUGAAAGGAUUGCGUGGACCCGGUGGUUUGCAGGGUCUUCCUGGUGUUUCUGGCAUUUCUGGUGAACCUGGUGGUCAUGGUCCUGCCGGUCCUGCUGGCCCAAGGGGCCCAACUGGACCUUCUGGUCCUCCUGGUAAAGAUGGUUCAUCUGGACAUGCUGGUCCUAUGGGUCCAGCUGGUCAUCGUGGUCGUCCUGGUGAUGCUGGUCCUAUGGGUCCCCCUGGCCCACCAGGUCCUCCCGGUUUCCCAGGUGUUGCUGGCAGUCAUUAUGAAGUGAGCUACGAUCAUGAGUAUUAUAGAGCUGACCAACCAGCUGCUGUUAGAGAGAAAGAUGUUGAGGUUGAUGCCAAACUGAAAGUUCUGACCAAUCAGAUUGAGAACAUCCGCAGCCCUGAAGGCUCAAAGAAAAACCCUGCUCGCUCAUGUCGUGACCUGAUCCUCAGCCAUCCAGAAUGGAAGUCAGGAUACUAUUGGAUCGAUCCUAAUCAAGGAUGUAUCAUGGAUGCCAUCAGAGUUUACUGCGACUUCGUAUCAAGCGAGACUUGUGUACAUGCCAACCCAGAUAUCAUCGAACGCAAGAACUGGUGGAAUAGCAAGACUCCUAAAGAACAGAAACACGUUUGGUUUGGUGAAACUAUCAAUGAUGGUGUGCAAUUCACUUACAAUGAUGAACAUAUUACCCCAUUUGUUAUGGGUACCCAGCUGACCUUCCUGCACCUGCUCUCCAAUGAAGCCUCACAGAAUAUCACCUACCAUUGUAAGAACAGUGUAGCAUACAUGGAUGAGGAGACUGGAAGCCUUAAAAAGUCCAUUAUCCUGCUUGGUUCCAAUGAUGUUGAACUCCGAGCUGAAGGUAACAGCAGAUUCACUUACAGCGUUCUGGAAGAUGGAUGCACGAAACAUUCUGGUGAAUGGAGUAAGACAGUCAUUGAAUACAGAACACAGAGAACAUCUCGCUUGCCAUUUAUGGACAUUGCACCUAUGGAUAUUGGUGGCCCUGAACAAGAAUUUGGUUUGGACAUUGGCCCAGUCUGUUUCAAAUAAAUGAACUUGAGCUAAAUUAGAAUACUCUCCGCAUUUUUUCUUUUAUUUUUUACUGAAUGCUGAUUCAUUCCAUGUCUUCUGCUCAUCCACUUGCUUAAGUUCUGGGCUUAAAGAGAAGUAGGAAGUCCAAAAUAAAAAAUGAACAUUGUUUUCUCCAUGCAAUUUUAAUGCAGUUCCCAACAACUUGGAAAUUUCAAGAGUUUAUUGCAGGUGAAAUCUUGCCCUGAAGGUUUAAAUCACGAAUAAUGGAAAGUAAAUAAAAGAACGUGAAAAUGA